AAUUUCAGAUAGCAUUUUAAGAGCAAUUAGAAAUCAUUUAUUAACUGAAGGAUUAACAGUACGUCAACAUAGAAAUAUAAAAAAUCUUCCUAAAAUAGCAUCACAAGUUACAACCAAUCAAAAAUUAUCAACUGAAAUUUAUAAUUUAAUUAUUAAUUAUGCAAAUUUUCAUGGAUUUCUCUUACUAGGUCAUCAUAUGCAAACUGAUUCUUUAGCAGUUAUUUUAUUACCUACUGAAAAAAGUUAUAUUAGUGUAUAUGAAGAUUUUGUUGCAGUUAGUAAAGAAUUAGAUAAUGGCACUUCAAUUAUAUCAUAUAAAAACUUUGUUUGA